CAACCACUGGUUGUCUUCACAGUAACCUCAUUGGUUGAACGCCUUUUACUAACUUCCCUUUGCACGGCGUGUCGCUCAAAAUGCUGAAGAAACAAAAGGAACCCAUCCACUCCGUUCAAGUCUUCGGACGCAAGAAAACCGCAACCGCCGUUGCGUAUUGCAGGAGAGGUCGAGGUACCCUCCGCGUUAAUGGACGUCCCUUAGAACUGGUGGAACCCCGCGUACUGCAGUAUAAACUACAGGAACCAAUUCUACUUCUCGGCAAAGAGAAAUUUGCAGGCGUUGACAUCAGAGUCCGGGUAAACGGUGGAGGACACGUAGCCCAAAUUUAUGCUAUCCGGCAAGCUAUUUCCAAGGCUCUUGUAGCAUAUUACCAGAAAUAUGUCGACGAAGCCAGCAAGAAGGAGGUGAAAGACAUCCUUAUUCAGUACGAUCGAACUCUGCUGGUCGCAGACCCGAGGCGAUGCGAACCCAAGAAAUUCGGUGGACCGGGAGCGAGAGCGCGUUACCAGAAAUCUUACCGUUAAUUUCAUCGUGUAUUCAAUGUUUCGUAUUCCGGGUUUUGAAUAAAUGAUUCCGAAAAUCUCA